AUGCUUUCAACACUCAAUUAAAAUAAAGAUUAAUAAGCAAAUAAAAAUAUAAAGGAAGUAAUAAUAUAUUAUGUUCUUCAUGUUUAUGUAUUGAAUUCAUUAACAUUUGUAAUAUUUAUACACAUUUGUUAUCCAAAUGCUAUAUCGAAUAUAGAAGAAAAUAAUAAUAUUUGGUAAACCUUGCCAUUUUUGGAUUUUCAUGUUAUGUCAUUUGUCAAUUCAAUUUUUAUCUGGUACAAAUUUAUGAUCAUCUGGUGUAUCUCUAGAGCCUGGGCAUUAAUUGAUGGUAUUUUAUGAAUAUUUAAAUGGUCUUCAGAAAUUGAGAAACCUGAAAAUAUGAAUAGAUGCAUCUAUAAUAAUUAUAGUUUUAGUAGAUUUUGGAGAUUAUGGCAUAGAAGUUUUAAUUAAUGGUUGAUUAGGUAUAUAUAUAUUCAAUCGGAAGGCUCUAUAUACAAAUCUUUGAAUAUGUGGGUUGUGUUUACUUUGUAGCUUUAUGGCAUGGUUUUCAAUCAAUCUUUUUACUUGUGGUGUGAUUUAUUUUUAGCUUUGAUUCUGAAAAAAAAUUAACAAAAAUAUUUCGAUGAGGAAUUCAUCGAUAAAAACCCUGAUUCAAAUUGCUUUACAGAUUAGGAGCAAGAUUCUUAAUUCAAAUGA